GACAGCAACUAAACUACAUAUAAGGCGUCUCAUGGAGUCCACUCGUUUCAUACUUGUUCUUUUUAUGUUGGUUAAUGUAAUCCAGUCCAAGGAAGACACAGCUCCAAGUAAAAUCUUCUGUUUGAUUGUGAGACCCUUAUAUAAUGAUCACAUUCUGACUGGGGACACAGAUAAAGGAUCCAACACGAAAGCUUGGUUAGUGCUGAGAACAGGAUCAGAUGAUGAGGCGAAUUACGAUUCAGAAAGUGUAAGAUUCAUUCUCAAAGACCCAAAAUUAGUGCAGCCUCUGAUGGAUGAUACGGAAAACCUGGUUUGCGAGAUACAGUUAUAUUUCACAGAUAAUAUUCAGAUCUUGUGGCCUGGUAUCCAGAUUAAUGACGAUACAAUGGAUUCUUGGUUUGUUGCAUCAGUUAAGCAUAAAGAGAACGUUUUUCACAUGACAACGUUUCUGUACCAGAUUCCAGAGAGAACAGCACAGGAAACGAUUCCAUCACAAUUCCAUCACGUCUCAGCUGCUUUUACAAUACUUACCAAGACUCCUGUAGUCCGGUCAAAGCUACAGCAAGAUGUUUUCCUGGACUGUACCUUUUCUGUGGACCACCAGGCAGAUGUUACGGUUACUUGGGCCUUCCAAAAGAAGGGCCGGGAAGUAAUAAAACUAGUUUCUUAUUUGGGAUCUACAAGAUCAGUACAAUACCACAGCAAAAAUGUUGUCAUGCAGGAAGACAAGUUGCCAAAGGGGGAUGCUUCCAUCUUGGUGAGAAAUGUGGAUUUGGAAAGCCAGGGAGUUUACUCCUGUUCUGUGACUGUGGACUCCCUUUACGGGUACCAAAAGAUACACCUAGAAAUUGUGGAAUCCCCAGUCGUUCAUGUAAAUGCUGAAUCUCUUGUGUUAGAAGAGGGAGAAGAGAAGAAGCUUCUGUGUGCUGCGUCAAACUACUAUCCACUGGAUGUGGACAUUGAAUGGCUGCGAGAAGACCACCGUCAAUCGUUCCUGCCAAUCAGAAUUCAGAAUAUAAUGCAUAGUAGCCACAAGCAUAACAUUGAUGGUACCUACAGCAUAUCAGGCUUCUUUAUGUUCAGAGCAACUCCCAAGGAUAAUGGAGUUAUUUUCACGUGCCGUGUGGAGCACUUAAGUCUAACACACGCUAUUAGGAAAAGCGUGAAGAUCACUGUUACAGGUUCAUCAAGGUGGAGUUUGGAAGAUUGGCCGCUGCUAGCUCUCAUUGCUUUGUUUAUUGUGAUACUCCUCUACCUGGCAAAAUAUCUUUAUACAGGAACAAACUCAAGCAAGCCAAAGCCAUAUUAAGAACUGACAUACACUGCUGCAUGACAGGUUGCUUCAACGAUUGUACACAUUGGCAUUAAAAGAAGUGAUGGCAGCAACAGGGAGCGAAGGUCAAACUGACUGCAAGUAACAAUUUUUUCAGAGAGGAUCCUUUACAUUAUCAACGGAGCUUUUGGCAAGAAAAAAUAAUUUUUUUUCAUCAAUAACAAAAGUGGAGAGUGUAGAUUUAUUGUCAAUGAAUACUAUCUAAUAUACAAAUGUAUAGGUGUAUGAUGGUACUUGUAAAAAAUAAGCUAUGUUCCGCUCUGGGAUUCUGAUCAUCUGGGAGUACAGAUGCGAAAUUCUCAAGAUCACAGCUUCCAGAUAGACAUUUCAAUGCAGGAUAUACGUAAAGAGAGAUCUAUAUACAAGAGAGUACAUUGAGCGAAUGUUUCCUGACUCUGUGAAUAACAUUCUUAUAAAAUACAUGUUAAAAUUGCAAUAUAC